UAGUACUCUGAUCAAUCUCAUUUUCCCCAAGAGACGGAUAUAAUAAAACCCAGAUACGAUGCGGUUGUUAAGUCGAGCGGUGUUGCGGGCCACGAUGAGACACCGCUGUCGCUACUUUUCUGUGGCACAAAACAACUGGAACGCCAGAAAAGGUCUGGUACUCGGUGUUUACGAGAGAGAGAAGGAGGACGAGUCUCUCCGUCUAACUGAAGCAGCAGCCGGUGUCGACAGAGUUCUGUCUGGUAAACUGACUGAGCUGUUAAAGAUAUCAGGACCAGGUCUGAAGAAAGGGAAGAGCAGAAUAUUUUACGGUCUUCAUGAGGACUUCCCAUGCAUAGCAGUAGUAGGACUAGGGAGGAACUCUCUGGGUGUGUGUGGAACAGAGUACUGGGACACCUGUAAGGAGAACAUCAGGGCUGCGAUAGCAGGAGGCUGCCGGGUUCUCCAGGACCAUGCGUUGACCCAUAUAGAGGUGGACGGGUGUAAUAACAGCCAGUCAGCAGCAGAGGGAGCUGUUCUGGGGCUGUUUACUUACGAUGACCUGAAAACCAAGAAGAAGAUCAGAGUCACCACACAGCUGCACGGCAGUGGGUGUGUGUCUGGCUGGGAGAAGGGCGUGUUGUACGGAGAAGGGCAGAACCUGGCCCGUUACCUGAUGGAAGCUCCAGCCAAUCAUGUCACUCCGUCAGUCUUCGCUGACACCAUCACAAACAGACUGGCUCCCUACGCCGACCACGUCACCGUCCAUAAGAGGUCUCAAGAGUGGAUCGAGGAGCAGCAGAUGGGAGCGUUCCUCAGUGUUUCUAAAGGCUCAGAGGAACCGCCUGUCUUCCUGGAGCUGCACUACAACGGUUGUCCUGAACACACACAGGGUCCUCUACUGCUGGUGGGCAAGGGCAUCACCUUUGACAGUGGUGGGAUCAGUCUAAAGCCUUCGUCAGGUAUGGACGCUAUGAGGGCUGAUAUGGGAGGAGCCGCCACUGUGUGUUCCGCCAUCGUCACGGCAGCAGCCCUCAACCUGCCAAUCAACAUCAUAGGUCUAGCACCUCUCUGUGAGAACAUGCCCAGUGGGAAAGCCAACAAGCCUGGAGACGUCGUCACCGCCAAGAACGGCAAAACCAUACAGGUGGACAACACGGACGCAGAGGGACGGUUGAUCCUAGCAGAUGCUCUCUGUUACGCUCACAGCUUCAACCCCCGGGCCAUCGUCAACGCUGCUACCCUCACUGGAGCGAUGGACGUUGCUCUGGGCUCAGCAGCCACGGGAGUCUUCACCAACUCUGACUGGCUCUGGGAGCAGCUUCACAAGGCCAGUGUGGUAACAGGGGACCGGGUGUGGAGGAUGCCGUUGUUUCAACAUUACACCAGACAGGUCACUGACUGCCAGCUGGCCGACCUCAACAACGUGGGCAAGUACAGCCGUUCUGGCGGAGCCUGCACGGCGGCAGCGUUUCUGAGGGAGUUUGUGACGGCCCCUCAUUGGGCGCACCUGGACAUCGCCGGGGUGAUGACCAAUAAGGACGAGGUUCCCUACCUGAAGAAAGGAAUGUCUGGGCGACCGACACGAACACUGGUAGAGUUCGCUGCUGGACUGGCCAACCAAGCCUGAAGACACACACACCACAUCUACACACACGGAGCUGGCUGGAGAAGGAUUAUUCUGUAGAGACAGAGACUGUGGUACUGUGUAGAAUCACAGAUUGCUUCCCAAGUAGCACCCUAUUCCCUACCCAUUGGACUGGUCAAAAGUAGUGCACUACCCACAGGACCGGUGAAAAGUAGUGCACUAUAUAUAUAGGGAAUAGGCCCUUUUUGUCCACUACCCACCGGACCGGUCAAAAGUAGUGCACUACCCACAGGACCGGUGAAAAGUAGUGCACUAUAUAUAUAGGGAAUAGGCCCUUUUUGUCCACUACCCACCGGACCGGUCAAAAGUAGUGCACUACCCACCGGACUGGUGAAAAGUAGUGCACUAUAUACAUAGGGAAUAGGCCCUUUUUGUCCACUACCCAUUGAACUGGUCUAAAGUAGUGCACUAUAUAGGGAAUAGGGUGCCAUUUGGGAUGUAUCCUGAGUUAUCUGGUAGUAGCCUGCUGUGCAUAGAGGGCUGAAGAGGACAUUUCCACCCCCGUGCCCCCUGCCCCCGUGCCCCAGCACAUGUAACUAAAUCCCUCUCUAGCCUAGUUUAUAGCCUACAUACGUAUGCAUUGAGAAACUGAAUUUUCAUGUAAAUGGACAAAGUAUAUCGUAUCCUACCCUUACAAAAAAAGAUUGCAGUCAGAGUGCAGUGUAACUGCAUCCAAAAUAAGUUAUUUUUUACUGCAGUAAUUUUCCUCUGCAAUUACUGUUUCCAAAAUACCACUUGUCGACUGGAAUCUUAUUUUGUAACGGUAACUACAAGUAGCUAUGCAGAAUGUUGUUGCGUAGCAAAACUACGCAGCCCUGCAAUUUAUAACCGGAUGCAAGAACGCUCUUUUGCGUAGCGUUCUUGCGUUACAUACGUAGAGUAAAAACUAGGCUUCAGUGACAGUCAGUAAACCAACCUCUGUCCGGUAGUUGUGGGAGAAACG